AUGCCCGCCUCGCGCGAGUCGAGCGUAGGACCCAUUGCCCGCCGGGGACUUCAGCCGCGGGUGCACAGACCGUACAACGCUGACGACCUCAACUUUGGCAAGCGCACCGGCAUCCGCAUCGACCACGAUGGCGGGUCCGACGAAAUCCAACCGUUCGAUCAGCUCCUCCAUCGCUUGGACGCUCAGCCCCGACCUCAAGUACCAAUUUGGAAGAACCGAAGGAAGAGUACGAAGAGAGCAGCUACACCUAUAUUAGAAGACGCUGACGGCGCACAAUCUAUGGAGCUUGCCGACACUCCCGAUGCCUACUUUAAGACCACAGGCCAGCCUAUCGCUCCCAACAGUAUCAGCCGUGUCGGAUCAUCGUCUCGGCCAGUCGCACGCGUGUCCGAUGUGGACUUCGACGCCGUCCCCUCUCCCCGGCCGUCGAGCCUGUCUCAGUCGAGGCGUAGCUCAAGACCCGCUGGCCGGUCUGAUCUCUCGAAGUCAUACCUUGCGGACGACGACCGGCAGUACGAAGUGCCGGUGCGGUCUCCAACCCAGUCCCGCUCGGUGCUCAAGUCGCAUGUUUCCGUCACGUCCGUCGGUCUGCACGCGGAUGAGUCCUCUCGGCGUCGGAGCACCCACUCUACUCGUAGCCACAGGGACUCCGGCGCCGACUCGCCGGAAGUGGGUCGCCGCACCGCCUUUUCUGUCUCGCGCCUCUCGAACAGGUCGUCGUACGCGCCUCAAUAUGAUCAGUACGACGAUGACAGCGACAAUGAGCCACUGGCGGACCCGGUGCCGGGAGAGGUAUAUGAAGCGGAGUACGAACCGGAGCCGAUGCCGAGGGCGGCCACCCCGGGACGACCGAGUACCAGUUUUAGUCAGCUGGAUCAGACCGACGACGACGAGGGGGAGAAGGAGGAUGAAGUAGCGCCUGCGCCCCGAUUCUCCGCCCGUGAGAAGGGCAAAGGGCGUGCGAGUGACGUCCCUCCUGCGAUGGACGAAGAGGACGUACGCCUUACGAACGGUAGGUUCGACGAGUCCAUGCUGGAUGACGUACCGGACGUGGAUCCAUUCGACGGCGCGAACGGUGUGGAAGGAGAGUCGCAAGGCGAGGAGGAAGAGCCGCAGAAACCGAUAUCAGACGGCAAGCGGAGGAAAAAACGUAAAUCGGAUGAGGCGCGUGUGGAUGACGAGCUCGCGGCGGAAGACGAUGCGGAGGCCGAUUCGCGUCCGAAGAAAUCGAAGAAAACCAAAACCCCGAAGCCGAAGGCGGACAAGCCCAAGUCGCAAGCCAAGCGCGUCCGUGCGACGAAGCCGCUGUCCUCUAACUCCCAGAAGGAAAAUCUGCAGAAAGAAAUCCGCCUUCCCGUCCACUCGGAGCCAACACCUGAUCCCGACGAGCAACCUGGUUUGCGUCGUGGCAAACGUGUCCGGUACGCCCCCCUCGAAUGGUGGCGCCUGGAGCGCGUUGAGUAUGGCGCACAACGCGAGUCGCAGGGAGGGCAAGUGGCGGAAAUAAAGGCGAUCGUUCGCAUACCGCAAGAAGAACCGCAGCCCCUCGGCGCGAAACGCAAGAAGGGAAAGCGAGCUGCGAGCAUGAGGCCUCGGCCGCGGAGUAAGAGCCAGAGUAAAGCCGUGGAUGAAGAACAAGAACUCGAAGAUCUGGCCGAGGAUUUCAACCCGGAGGAAGGCUGGGAUGACAAGACCGAACCGUACGGCGUGGUGAAGGACUGGGAUACUGGUGACGAAGUGGAGAGACGUAUUGCCUUCACUGCCAAGAUGGUCCAACCCCGCGCAUCGGAGAAUGCGACAUUUUUAUACCAGAAGAUCUUCGGCGAUGGCGAGUUCAUCGCAGCUGGAGAGCUUAUUUUACCUGUGGGCGGGGAGAAGCCGAGCAAGAACUCGAAGGACAACACCUAUAUAUUCUACGUGAUUGAAGGCGCCGUGCAGAUCAAGGUCCACCGGACGUCCCUCAUUCUGUGUUCAGGCGGGACAGUGAUUGUCCCUCGAGGCAACAUGUACUACAUCCAGAACAUCGCUAACCGCGACUCUAAGCUGUUCUUCACGCAGGCGCGGAAGAUGCCCACCAGCACCACGGACGGACCGCCCGCGUCUCCUCGCAAGUCUCGCACGGACUCGGCGGGCCCGACGGACAGGCCAAGGCGGAGAUCAUCCACCAGCGCCGUACCAUCUUAG